UCAGUAUUGAUUUUUAGGUCUAACAUCUAGUAGGUACUUUACUGAUAAUGUGAACACAAGCUGCUGAGAUGAAGACUCGUUUUCAAUUCUUUUCUCCCCAAUUUUCCCCUGUUUAUUUACUUUAUUUUAUUUUUAUAUAGAGGUGAUUAUGCUUUCCUUAGUUUUUUGUGAUUUUAGUUUCUUUUUAUUAGAUUGUUUUAAGUUUUCUCAAUGAUUCGUUUUUCAUGACUUUAUAUGAUUAUCAAAAAUCUUUGUUACAGAUAUCACACCAGAAAAACAUAUGUCACAUGAUUGCACGUCUCCCUAUUUAGGGACAUCUGUGUUAAAGUUUCUGAUUAUGCCCUGUGUCGGCUUAUAUUACAAUAGAUAAUUUUUCGGAGUGCCUCAGAUCAUGACUUUUUUUCUUCCAUAUCUACUUAUGUAGUUAUUUACCUUGAAUUCAGUGUUUCUCCCCCCGUUGAAAUUAGCUGUAGGUCUCACCACUGUUGCACAACUGAGCCUGAAAUAUUUCAGCUCUGCUAGAAAACCCAUAGAAUGUGAAAAUUGUCAAUGUAAAGCUUAUCAAAUAGCCACUGUAUUAACUACCAUGCACAUUUUUAGACUGGAAUGUUUUCAAUACACAUUUUAAAAGCUCUAUAAAUCUUAGUUUGUCUGUAAAUGUCUGUUUCUCCUAAAUACCAAUGUACUACAUAUAAGAUAUUCACCACUUAAAUAGUCUGAGCUGUUGUUUGAAUUCAGUACUUUCUCACCUAAACUGGCCAUGUUCAGAACUUUUAUUUAGAAGGACAAACCAAGUGAAAACUGUAGUGCCACAACAAACAUUUGAAUUUAUUCAUGUUUUAGAGCAAAAUAUCACAUUUUAAAUCUACUUGUAUCAGUCCGAUGAAAGCAUUUGUUUAAUUCUGUCCUAUCAAACAUAACUAUUGCAUUUUGGGUAAUUUAGUGUAAAACACAUUGGAGGUUUACCUCUGUACAAUAUUUCUGUUUCCUGGUCAAAGUCUACAUUCACUCUAAUCUAAAAUCAGGGCAUGUGCAGCUCAUAAAGGGUAUGUGUAGCUACUGAUAGCUUCAGCACACCUCAAAGUGCUUGAGAGAUAGCCCAUGUGCACUGAUUUUGUAGCUCCCCUGGAAGCACAAAUCAAAGACAACUCGUGUGAAAUUUUGCCGGGUCAAAACAUGGGCUGCUGGGCCAAGCAAAGGUCCGCUGGGUGGGUUUAUCCCACCACAAUCCUUUCACUCUAUGGAUUUUUUGCUAACUGCCGAGUAGCAGAGCCCUUCCUAACACCAUAUCUAAUUGGACCACAUAAGAACAUCUCUGAAGAAGUGGUGACCAACUAUCUGUUUCCUAUCUGGACCUACUCCUACCUGGCCUUCCUCUUCCCCGUUUUCCUCUUGACUGACUUCCUAAGAUACAAGCCGCUCAUUAUAGUGCAGGGACUUUUUCUCAUCAGCAACUAUGUUCUGCUCUGCUUCGCACCAGGUCUCCCUGCAAUGACCUUCCUUCAGGUCAACUACGCUGUAGCAACUUCCACAGAAGUGGCUUAUUUCUCCUACAUUUACAGCGUGAUCCCACUUGAGAAUUACCAAAAAGCGACAGGUUACAUACGCAGUGCCACGCUGGCCGGAUAUACAUUUGGUGCCAGCUUGGGCCAAAUGCUCAUCUCCCUUGCAGGAAUGGACUAUUUCUUUAUUAACGCUGUAACUCUGGGAUUUAUGAGCGUGGCAUUUCUCAUCUCGCUCUGGUUGCCCAUGCCCACGAGAAGCAUGUUCUUCAAGGGGAAAGAUGCUGCGAAAGAGCUCCAGGAGCAGGGAUCAAUCCAAAACAAUGGCCACAAGGGUACAGUGAUGAAUACGAGUUCAGGUGGCUACGAGGAAGAGAAGAUGGAGCAUGGUGGCUGGUGCAGCAGAGGAAAUCUGAGCGCUGCAGGACAUUUACUUUGGGGGAGCUUUAGGGAAUCCUACUCUUCAAAGCAUUUAGUCUACUGGUCCCUGUGGUGGGCUUUAGCCACAGCUGGCUACAUGCAAAUCUUCAACUACAUCCAGCUCCUGUGGGACCGUAUAGAACCAUCGGCCACGUCGUCCAUCUACAACGGAGGAGUGGAAGCCGUAAGCUGUGUUGUUGGUGCUGCAGCAGCGUUCUCUGUGGGCUUCAUCAAGGUUAGCUGGGUCGUGUGGGGAGAGCUGGCACUGGGGCUGUUCUCGGCAGUGGCGGCGGGGGCUGUGUUUCUGAUGGCAUUCACAAGCAGCAUCUGGGCGUGCUACGCUGCUUACGUGAUGUUCAAAUCCUGCUACAUGUUUCUCAUCACCAUCACAAUAUUUCAGAUUGCAUCAAACCUCUCCACGGAGUGUUACGCUUUAACGUUUGGGAUCAACACCUUCAUCGUCCUCUGCCUUCAGACCAUAUUCACAGUCACAGUUGUUGAUGAAGCUGUUCUGGGACUGGACAUUGUAACACUGUUCAUCAUAUAUGGAAGCUACUAUGCUGCUAUCUCUCUUCUUUUUCUGAUCCGAGGGAUCUACAGCGUCUGUUUGCAUCAUCAGCUCAGUUCUGAUCACGAAUCCAAUGGACCAGAGAACAGAAUGGAAGUGGUCUCUGCAGAACAUUUCUGACCUGUGUCAAUAAAAAUCUUCAUCUACAGUGGUGUGAAGAACUA